UAUUAUUCGAAGUAAAUUAAUUUCUGUUUAGAUACAGCCAAUCAGAAUCGAAGGUUUUGAGUAUCGCACGUGAGACAAUAUGGCGGACGUUUGGGUCGGUGGUGAAACUGGGGUUGUUAAAGGUUUGUUGUAGUUUUAUUAAUAUAUUCCUUGUUAAUAAUUUGAAAUAGCGAAUGUAUCAGUAAAGAAUGUCUUAUCUUAAUUUUGACAACGGAAAAAUGGCUUCAAUAGUAUUCACCAUCUUGUUUAGCGAUCGAUUUGAGUAAGAAAGAAUUUGGAAAUUUUGGAGAUUUAUCAAGAUUGAAUAAAAGUUCAGAUGAAGUAUGCCGUAUGUGUUGGUUUGAGGAUAAUGAAAAAAAGGUAUAGGCAUUGCGAAGUGUUUGAAGGUAAUCUGAAUGUAUAUAAGUUGUGCAGCUAGUUGGAAAAUUGUGGUAGCAGUGUAUGUAUGGGUUCAUUAAUAAUAGCGAACUUAAGCAAAGCUUAAUCUAGUACGGGGACGUGCCAAGAAACCGCCUUAAAUUUUACACUUUUAUAAUUAUAAAGAACUACAGUUAUUAAGAACUUCAACAAAGCAGAACAAAAGUGCAACGAGAACAGCUAGUAAUAUCAUAUUAGUGCAAGAAAGUGAGCAGAAAUUAAUAAUUGAAAUCUCACGGUCGUUUUAGACGUCGCCAUAGCUCUGUUUUACAACGGCAAAAUACAGAUUAUCACGUCUUAUAUACAACGCUUACAUUUCAAGCUGGGACAACUGCUAUUUUAAAUUGAGUCCUAGAACUUUUCUCAAUCAUAAACCCUGUGUUAAUUUUGAUCCUUAAACUGUAUAAUUUAUUUUCAUACGCUGGAUAAUAGACGACAAGUUUUCUUUUGCAAUCAUCGGUUCAACGAGAUUGUCUGCCGUUGCCGUCGCGUUUCCGUCCUACAUGCUUAAAGCCCAGGUCACACUACACAACGAUAACGAUAACUUGCAUACGCGCGCUGAUUGGUCAAAAAUUUAUCGUUAUCGUCCGACUGAAAAAAAAAUCGCUCACCUGAGCGAUUUUAAAAUCGUUAUCGUCUAACGAUAAUUUUAUCAUUUUUGUUGUUGUGUGGCCACUAACACAAUUUUUUUGCCAAUUAUCGCGUGUUUACAAUUUAUCGUAUCGUUAUCGUUGUGUAGUGUGACCGGGCCUUUAGGUCGCUAAUAGUUCAUACCAGGAGAUACUGGAGAGGGGCUGCAAUCUUUGAAUGGAGCUGAGUAACUGUGUAACAAAACUGUAACAAUAUUUUUUUCAAACAUGAAAGCAUUGGUGGGCUAUGAAUUAAGUUAUUUAUUGCAUGAAGUUCUCCUUGUUCAAAGAACGGUGAUGAACAAGGCUCCUUGUCAUGAAUAACAUUGUCAAUUUUUGCCGUACAUACGACACAGUAAAACUAAUUGUGACGUUGUCACUAAGUGUUUCCUUGGAGGGAAAGCUGAAUGGUUUGCUUGACCGUGGUGGGAAUUGAAACCGCAACCUUUGGUUUGCUGGUGCAGUGCUGUAUCAACUGAGCUACAAGGUGUGGAUGCACACUCAGAGUAGCAUCACAAUAUUCUUCAUCAAGGAAAAUUGUCAAGGACUGCUUGCUCAUCUGUACAAGGCUUAAUUAAGUUUGAAAGUUAAGGUGUUAUUACUUUAUAGGAUUAAUUUAUGAGUACGUACCCUGUUGUAAUGUUACUGAAUGUGGCUCAAAAAAGCUUCUCAGUUGCAAUUAAAUAUAUCAACAAUGUAUAUAUGAUCAUGCAUUCAUCUUGUUUAGAUUUGUAUUGGUACCAAAUCAGGAGUGUGUAAAAUAUUUGACACAGAGAAAAAGGAUUAUGUUGAUACAAAAUGUUGUUUUACAAAAGAGGAAGGUGAAAUAACUGGACUGGAAAGAAAUGAAGGGUAUAUUUUGAUAGUCUAAUAGAACAAGGGAGAAAUUCUAUUCCAAAAACUGGGGGAGUGGAACUGGCCAUAUUAUUUUAAUAUUUUGCCCUGCUUUAAUAAUAUUCACUCUGCCCCAUUCCUGACAAUUUUACUUGUCAAGGGGAGAGAGCUGGCACGCAAUGGGUUAAUCAGACUAUCUGCCCAUGUGCCCAUUGAGUUGCAUUGUGUCCUAAUAAUGCACCCUAUUAUAUUAUUUUACUCUGUCUAAUGCUGGAGGAUUUUACAAUUUAUCCAUUCAGCUGGUACUCGGUGGAUAAAAAAUAAGUAAUUUAAUUAUAAUCUUGAACAACCUGUGCUAGUGUAGGUAGUCAGUGCCAAUAAUAGGCAAACUUUAGAUUGAUAGGGAUCAACUACUUGAAGAAUACAAGGAGAACCUUCGAUGUUUCAAGUGAAGGCCCUUCGUCAGGAAGUAUAUAUCUGCUAAUGUAAUGGACCUUUAACCUUAUAACUAAAAUUUUGAUCUAGACAAAAAUUUCAUCACAGCUUGAAAAGGCAUCACAAAAUUAGUAAUAUUCCGAAGUUUUGUUGCGAAAUGUUGUAAAAUGCGGAUAAUAUAGCCCUGCGAAGUUUGCAAUUUUCAGUCAUUUUAGAUUACAAACGGGAAAUUGAUACCCAAAUCGGGUGUUUGGGUAUCAAUUUCCCGUUUGUAAUCUAAAAUGACUGAAAAUUGCAAACUUCGCGGGUGUUUGGGUAUCAAUUUCCCGUUUGUAAUCUAAAAUGACUGAAAAUUGCAAACUUCGCAGGGCUAUAUUAUCCGCAUUUUACAACAUUUCGUAACGAAACUUCGGAAUAUUACUAAUUUUGUGAUUCUCUUUCAAGCUGUGAUGAAGUUUUUGUCUAGAUCAAAAUUUUAGUUAUAAGGUUAAAGGUCCAUUAUAGGUUACAUUGCAGAUAAGUUCCUUGUAGCACAGAGUACCUGUAGAUUACAUACACAGAGUUACAACAAGUGUAGCCACAGGAGGCCCAGGCUCGAUUUGCCCGCGCCCGCCUGUGCCUUCCUUAAUAACGAGGGAAGGAAGGAAACAUUGAGACCAAAAUAGCCCACACUUGGCAUAUGUCACACGAAACUAUCCUCGAUUUUUCGCCUUUAAUGCAUUUCUUUCACGAUUAAUCGAUAUCCCCUGCAAGAAUGAUACCGUAUAACUCUCAAAACAACGAUGCUUUAAUCAAAGAACUUAAAUUCGCUCUGAAAUCUGUGAGGGAAUAACAAAAUUCGGCCAAAAUAUAUACGUGUGCCGGGUUUGCUGGACAAAAAGCGGAAGUUGUUGAACAAUUAUCACUUAUUUACUGAGACCGAGGGAAACUGUGUGUUUUGUGGGCCCGAGACCGUCGAUGUUUCCCGAGGCGAAGCCGAGGGAAACAUCGAGGGUCCACAAAACACACUGCUUUCCCGAGGUCUCAGUAAAUAAGUGUUUUAUUAUAUAUCAAUAGUCAAAGAAACAACAAAUUAAAGAACAAAUGAACGUAAAUACAUGAAAUAUUUUAUUGUUAAAACGUUAUAUUAAACACUGGCUACGCUGCAGUUACUUAAAGCGAAAGUUCUAAUUACGUACUAGGCAUGUCCAAAGGUUGCAUCUUCACGUGAUGGCACACAUGAUUUUUUUUGUUAUUCACCGGUCGAUAACGUAUCAUCUCCCUCUCGUGCUGUUGCGAGGGAGACAGCCUAAUUUUGUCACUCUCACAUGAUAUGCUCUCAACCAAUAAAACACUAGAAAAAUGCGACUUUGACUAUUGAUAUAUAAUAACUCAAAAUACACUCAACCCUGAUUGGACAACGAAAAUCAACAAACAUUUCAAAUUUUCAGUAGUCAGUAAUUAAUAUAAAUUUGAAUCAAAACAAUUAACAAAUGUUGUCGGGGGAAAACCAGUGUAAAUCUAAUUAUUUAAAUUUAAGAAGUUUAGUCAGUAAAUACGGAUAGUAAUUUACCCUAUUUGACAAGAUGUUUCAGCGUAAAAUUAUAGUUAUAUUUGCAGUUAUAUUUACAGUAACACAUAUAAUCGACUUGUAGUAGACUAUAACGUUUGUGAAUUGUUUUGAUUCAAAUAAUCAAAUUUGAAAUGUUUGUUGAUUUUCGUUGUCCAAUCAGGGUUGAGUGUAUUUUGAGUUGUUCAACGACUUCCGCUUUUUGUCCAGCAAACCCGGCACGCAGAUAUAUUUUGGCCGAAUUUUGUUAUUCCCUCACAGAUUUCAGAGCGAAUUUAAGCUCUUUGAUUAAAGCAUUGUUGUUUUGAGAGUUAUACGGUAUCAUUCUUGCAGGGGAUAUCGAUUAAUCGUGAAAGAAAUGCAUUAAAGGAGAAAAAUCGAGGAUAGUUUUGUGUGACAUAUGCCAAGUGUGGGUUAUUUUGGUCUCAAUGUUUCCUUCCUUCCCCUCGUUAUAAGGAAGACACAGGCGGGCGCGGGUAAAUCGACCCUGGGCCUCCUGUGGUGUAGCCACUUUUUUGUGUAUUUUAAUUGCUCGUGGAACUUGCCAAACAUGCACAGAUGAUCACUUUUUGCCUGUUUGCCUGACAAAAGUGAGUACAUGAAAACGUAAGUUUCCGCAGUGUUUACGACUUCCAGUUCCACCUCUGUAUGUAUCUACUCUGUGCUUGUAGUUUUGCAUGGUGAAUAAUAAUAUUAGUUUUGGUUUGUGGAAACACCACGUAAUGAUGUAAAUUUAUUAUUUGGAAGCAAUAAUUUUAUGUGGUGUUUCCUCAAAAUGAAAUUGAAAUUAUAUAUAUUACAAAUGCCCAAAAAGUGGGGGUAUAGGUUAUCCCAUGAUCUCACAUCCCUUGGUGAAAAUUAAUCUCUUGCAGUGAAUCUGCCCCCUCCCCAAAGGAUUAUGGAUGAAAUAUUAACUAAAUGUUUUCUUAUAGAGUAUUGCUGGUUUGCUCUGAGAGUGGAAUUGUAAGAAUUUUAAGAGAUUCUGACAAUGAAAAGGUAGAGUAUAUAAAGAGAACCCUGGGUGCAAGGUUGAGUAUAUUCUUGAAGAACAGUCACAGCAACUUUGACCCAUUAAAGUGUAAGACUCUCCCCUUGACAGUUAAUAUUAUAUGGCGUUACAGUGCAUCUACAGUAAGUGGGGGCACUUAGAGAACACUAACCAAUCACAUUGCAGAACAAAAAUAGAAAAAAUCAACAAAUGGCACAUUAGCCAAUCAGCAUUAGGCCAAAAACAAUUUCAACAAAUAAAUUAAUGUCAAAUGGUAAAAAUAGUCGACUCUUGAAAAGUAAACACUGCAGUUACUGGCUUCCUGAAGCGAACUCCAUGCUUUCUUUUGAUUGGAUGAGCUGUAGUUUGAUUAAAUUUCUAUUUUUGUUGUGCAAUCUGAUCGGUUAGUGUUCUCUAAGUGACCCCACUUACUGUAGACACACUGUAAACAGUCAGAGUAAAAUAAUAAAUGAAGGCACAUUUAGGUGCACUGCAGCCUAAUGGGCUAACCUUUGUGCUUCAUAGUGUGAUGUUCAUCUGGAAUAAACUAAAUUUGAUUAUAAUUCAGACUGACAUCAAAGUUGGAAAUCAUAUUGCCGGAAUGAGAAAGAAUCCAUUUGAGUCAUGCCAAUUUGCAACUGGUGGAAAUGAAAAUGUCCUGAAAUUAUGGGAUCUCAAUAAACCUGAACAGCCAUUGUUCAAGGCAAAGAACGUAAGUACAGUAUGGCAAAAUAUUGGGCGUCAAGCAGUCAUGAACACCCUAAUUGUGGAUUAUGGAAGAACAAUUACUCACUUAACCCAUAUGAAGUGGCUGGCAGCACUCUCCCCUUGACACUUAAAAUUGUCUGGCAUUAGACAGAGUAAAAUAAUAGAGUAGAGCACGUCAGAGACAGAGUGCAUGCCACUUAAUUACUUAAAGGUUGAAGUCAUUAACCCUUUGAGUGGCAGCACUCUCCCCCUGACAAGUAAAACCAUCUGGCAUUAGACAGAGUAAAAUAAUAAAGUAGGGCGUAUCCGGAUGCAUUGCUACUAAAAGGGUUAAUCUUGCAAGUCUGUUGAGUCAUUGGCCUUGUACAUAUAGUUGUAUGUAUUGAGUAUUGAAUCUGACUCAUCAGUCAUCAAUUUUGUCUGUUGAAUUGUUAUAUAUUUAACAACAUUGAACCUGGUAACAAGUAAUCUAAACACAACCUGAUAUCAGGCAGCUUACUGCAACAAUGAAAUGUUGUUCUUAAUUGAACUAGUUAUUUUGGCAAUUAUUCAAUGUAGUAUACUUCAUUUUAUCCGAUGUAGAGUUGGGUUUUUCGCCAUUUUCGUUUUAUUUUAUCGACGGAUACAGAACCUAUAUAUAUUCUCGCAUUUAUUCUGUUUGACAAUUUUUGUCAUUUUUCCCAAAUUUCGAAAUUUUUACGCUCUCUCUCUCUACUUCGGAUAAAAAGGAUUAUACUAUAUUCUUGUUUGAUAUUUAAAUUAUAAGUUGUGAAGUUUUGUAUAAUGAUGUUUUGUAACAGGUCACUAACGUAAUUGGCUCACGCUGUGUUAGUGUUCCUGAACCGUCUUCCUGUUUGCAUAUGUAUAUUUCUGUUGACGGCUGAAGUUAAUAAAUAAAUAAAAAAAUAAAAAUCAGCUUAAUGGAACAGCCUUUUUCGCGAAUCUACUUUAGGGCUGUUACAACUUGUUCGUUUUUACGAUUGUGCACAAACUUGAAAUCUGAAUGUUAUUUUUGUACCAUGUCCCUUUUAGGUUCGGAAUGAUCAGUUGGAUCUCCGUGUUCCUGACUAUGUAAAAGAUAUAGGGUUUCUCCAAUCAUCUGGGUCACUGCCAAAGAUUAUUGUUGGUACUGCAUAUCACAAGAUUCGACUUUAUGAUUUGAAGGCUCAAAAACGCCCUGUAUUAGAUAUCAGUUAUAAAGAGUCACCAAUCACCUGUGUCUCUGUUCCAUCACUUGAGAAGUAAGUAUUGUCAAGUUCUAUGCGCUCAGAUCAGAGUUGAUCAGUUAACUUUCAUUAAAGGGAAAUGGCAAUAAAAACGUCGGAAUAUUUAUAUCUAAUUUUGUGAUGCUCUUUCAAGCUGUGAUGAAAUGUUUGUCUAGACUUGUCUAGAUCAAAAUUUUGUUCAUUAGGGAACAGGGUCUUAGCUAGAAGGCCGUGUUGGCCGUGUUAUCGCGGCCAAAAGAGGGGAAACACGGCUAGAUAAAAUGAACGCGGCUUCACUAUUUAUAUAAGGCCGUGUACAGUAGGUUCAUAAAAUAAGGUGGUGCUACAGUACUUACAACAGACAGAACUUCUUCCAAUUUACGUCGUAAGAAAGUUUGUAAAAUCUACUGUUGUUGUUGAAUUGGCAAAGUGAUCCGUGAUGUUUUAAUGUUUCGAUGGAUAAUGGGAACUGUAUAUGGUGUUAAUAUGGUUUUAAAUUCCCGCUGAAAUAACUUGAUAUUUUUUUUAAUCCGCUGAAAUAACUUGAUAUUUUAAUGUCAGUGCGCAAUAUGAGCGUAUGCUCGCCUUGCAUUUGGUUGCAAAACAUAGAACAACCACAGGCAUUGUUGUUAGCGAGCAUAACUAAAACCGUGAUUUUGCUAUUCAAGGUAAUCGACAUGUGCACGCCCUGGUCAUUAGAAACACGCCCAAGAUCUAAAAUCUUAGCUAAGACCCUGUUAGGGAAUAGGUCCAUUGGCUCUAACUCUUUUGAACACUGCCAGAUGAUUGGCUCCUAAAACAAAGGGAAUUGAAUGUGCAGCUCGGGUAAGCAGACGUUAGUUUUUUGUCGCUUGGUGUAAGAAUAACGUCUGCGAGCAGGCUAAUAGAAAAUGAGUGUCAUAGGUAUAUAAACAACAUAAAAACUUCAUGGUCGGUCUUUCAUUGAAAUUCAAGACGAAAUUCAACGAAAUGAAUUUCAACGAAAGACCGACCAUGAGGUUUUUAUCCUAUAUCUAUUAAAUCAUUAACAUUAAAUCAGAAUUUUAUUUUUACAUUUUGGCAAUUCGUUUAUAGAUUUAUUAUAAUUGGAAAUAUGCAUGGAGACAUGUCAGCUAUUGAUAUCAGAAAUGGUGAGAAUGUCUUGUUUUUAUUAUUGGAAUUGAACACAUCUAAAACUGCAUUCUGAAAACAUUAAGAGGACAGCAGCCCCUCUUGCCUCAUCUCCAUCCUUGGCGGAGCCACUGGUUACGGCUUUCACCCAAUGAUGUGCUUUUAUGUUUCUCUCAAUCAUCAACUAAAUGUGCUUUAUUUCUUCCUUUUAGGUAAAAAUCUUGGUUCGUACAAGUCAUUUUCAGGCAGUAUAAACGACAUUCAAUGUCAUAAAACGGAACCACUUGUGGCAUCUUGCGGUCUGGAUAGAUUUCUAAGAAUUCACCAUGUUGAUACACGGCAGCUUGUAGAUAAGGUAAGAAUAUUCCCUCUUAUACUACUUGUCCUCUCCAACUUGGAUGAGGGGAGUGGGGUGGAAUUCUCCCACUCCCCACCCCACCCCUCAUCCAUGUACGGGAGUAAAGAAAAAUUAGUAGUAAAUGAAGACUGAGUUGUGAAUACUUAGCUUUUCAAGCCUUUCUCUUAUUUUGCUGUUUUAGGGUAAUUUUCGUCACAGAAUCCCCAACCUUCUCCAAAUUGUAGUUCUGCAUGAAUAUACUGUCCCUCUGAACUGUUUCAUUUCUUUCUAGAUAUAUUUAAAAUCAAGAUUAAAGUCUCUUCUGUUUUCCAAAGCAUAUAAACAGGUGACCAAAAUUACAUUGCGCAUUAUAUCACUAGGCAUUAUUUCAUUGGUUGCGGAUUAUUUAAUUGGGGGCAGGAAGGGGGAGGCUGUUAUUUCUGGGUUAACCAGGAAAUUUUAGCAAGAGUGUUGGUAUGGUCCAUUUCCACUCAAGAAAAAUUUCCACGGACUUAAAAUUUUCCGAAAAUAUCAGUGUUAAAAGUUAAAAAUUUUCAACGGAAAAUUUGUGUAGGCCAAUCACAUUUUACAAAAUUUUCUUUCUGCGGAAAAUUUUCCUGAGUGGAAAUUGACCUUUAGAAUGCCCCCAGAUCUAUACAUGUAGCCUCCCGAGCCAAAGCAUCUUCCGCCGUUUGUGCAUUGUUUCCCCUUAUCCCGCUCCUUUGCUAUCUUUGUAAAACCCUGCGUCUUGACUUCAUGAUAGGUAUCUGACGAUGUUAAAAAUGAUAAAAACAAACGGAAACAUAGCGAGAAAAAGGAAGGCGAAGAAGAUGGUGAUGAUGAUGUUUGGGACAACAUGGGUGUUGUUGAAGAUGAUGCUGUCGACAAGAAGACAAAAAGUAAGUUUUAUCAAAGAUCUUUUUCCAUUCCAUUUAUAUCUAAUCAGGUUUUUUUCCAGGGAUUUUUUAGGGCCGUUAAACGGCCCCAAAAACUUAAUCUCGAAUUGAGUUUUGAAACUCAAUCUUCUCACCAAAGUUUCAGUGCAGUAAAAAUGAAGUUGUUUGAGUUAAAUUCGUGACGUGUGGAAAUUAGUUUUCAGUUGGAAACCCGACAAUUAAAAAAAAAUGGCUGGAAUUCAUCUCACAACACAAGAAAAACUAUGCAUUCGUCAUCUUUAACCAGUUUAUAGUGUCCCUUAGUGCCCCUGCCUUAACACAUUCCGUCUCAACUACAUUUAUUGAGUACAGGUGUCAGCCCCCAGUAGGGGGGGGGGGAUGCAGUCACCCCAGCUGUUCAGCUUAACUCAAUCUUCUCUGCAAAAACGGACCCAAGAGAAAAUCCUGAAAAAAACACUGCUAAUGAAAAAAACAUAAUUUAAAAUGCUACUAACUUUCCGACGAAGGUUCGAAACGUCGAAGUUCUCCUUGUUUUCCGCAUCUUCCCGUAGAAUCUCUUUAUAAGUUUUCCUGGGGUUGUUUUCCAGAACACAGAAAGAAAGGCAAAUAAAAAGAUGGGAAGAUAAUACCCAAACAGUUGGCAAAGACAGAAGGAGUUUUGUACAAGUCAAGUUCGUCAACCGUCGCCCUAGUCUAACCAGCAUCCAAAGAUUAUUGUUGGAUAAACCUAUCUGGAAAACCCGACCCUUGGUGUACUAAACCCUAAAAAAGGUGUGAUCAGCAGAAUGCCGUCUGAGAUGCAACUAAGUGAAAGAAAACACAAGAAUUUUCACUUAAUAAAUUGUGAAGAGGAAAGACCGUGUCGUUUCAAAUAUUUUAAACAGACGAUAUAAUACAAUUUUACCAGGACACUUACGUAAUGAACAAUCUAUAGUACUCAGUUGCAAACUGCAAUGUAUCGAAUGUAAAUAAAAAAUGUUUUUCUCUGGUAAAGUCCAAUAUUUUUCGUGUGCUUGUGGGAUAUAAAUGCACCUAACUUGCAUGACAUGACAUACAUGCAGGGUGUCCCCCAAAAAGUAUACCUUUAGGAAAUUGAUGCCCCGACACCCGAUUGGGCUGUCAAUUUCCCGUGCGUAAUACAAAAUGAC